ACGAAAGCAUUCGAAUAAGUAGGCAUCAGGAGAUAGGGAACUAUUCGGUAUUCGGAAUAAGUAAAUUAGUUAAAAUUUUUUUUUUUGUAAAUAUAAGCCGAUGCAGAGCAUUAGUAGGAGAUUCUCGGGAUUAAGCAGCGGUCGAGGCCUGCUUGCCGCUGUUGCCUUUAAUAUUCCAUACGGUGUGAUCAACAGCAAUGCUGUUGCGUCCGACAAGUACCGGCUACAACUUAGAAGGCCCCUCAGACGGGCCAUGUGGCAUUCUACAACACGACACGGCCACGCUAUGGCCACGCAAAAUGUAAGUCGGAAGAAUCGGAAUCGUAGACUACUUGAGAGUAGAUUGAAGGCAGAUUUAAUGAAUGGUCAUAAAAGCGAGCAUAAUGGGGGUGUGAUUACAGCAGGUGCUCCUCCAAGCAACGGUUUUAUUCGAUGUCUGCUGCCAGUCACUUGGCACAGUUCUUCAAGAGUUCUGCCCUGCUACUCCCAACGCGGAUUUACUACCCUAUCUUCCAACCACAAUGAUAUGAACAUUAGCAUUGUACUGGGAAUAGGCUCACAGAAACAACAGGUUAUAGAUGAAUUCACAAAACUGGCUCAACGACUGCGCAGACUGGGCAGAAAAUAUUUGAUCAGAUGCAAGAAGCCAUCGGAAAAUUGGAGGACCCUCUAUAAGGUUGGCCACCAGGCUUGGCAUAUGGGAACAGCUAUGCUGUUUUUUAAUCAGGAUCAAAAGGCAGGCACGACGGCCUCUUCGAUGCGGCACUGGACAGACGACCUUUUGUCUUUACUCAAAAAGUCUCAUCCAGAGUAUGAAAUAGUGGAGAGAAGGGGCUCCAUCAAAAUCACGGGCCGUCAAAAAUGUGCCGAAAGAAAGAAGCGCACUGCGAGAGUUGCCGAGAACGCACGGAUCGACACAAGAGACUGUAACACCGAGAUUAAGGAGAAACCGGAAGGUCGUUAAUCGAUUUGACAAACUUCCUACUUAUAGCAGGCAAUUAAUUUAAAAUUAUUUUAAAAAUUAGGACAAUAAAUAUUGUUUGAAAAAUGUUGAGAUUUUCAUGGCGGCAGUUGUUGCGACUAGAGAGCGCGUCCAUCAAGCGCUACUCAACUGCCAACUGUGUGGUGGACGUCGACGAAUGUGCCAAGCAGAGCUGCGAGCUGGUUGAUCAAGCUGCAGAGUUACUGAUGGAGGCGAAUAAAAAGAUUCGAGUAUUCGAAGCCAAAACGAGCAAUCAGGACUUGGUAACAGCCACAGACCGUCAAAUUGAGAAUUUGUUGGUAAAGGGCCUGAGGCGAGAGUUUCCAGAUCAUGUCUACAUUGGGGAGGAGGGCACCUCUGGCGCCUCGACGGGACGCAAACUAACAAAUGAGCCCACCUGGAUCAUUGAUCCCAUUGAUGGCACCAUGAACUUUGUGCACGGCUUUCACUACAGCUGCAUCUCAUUGGGCUUCUGGCUGAACAAGCAGCCAGAGUUAGCGAUAUGCUCGUGCCCAGUAUUGCAACUCAAGUUGACAGCUCGUCGCAAUUGUGGCUGCUAUUUGAAUGGUCGCCGAAUACGCACCAGCGGGCAGACAGAGCUGAGCCGUGCGCUGAUCAUGCACGAGCUGCAUGCCUUGAACAUGACGGACGAUCACAAGGACAAGCUGUGGGCGAUUACAGUCGACCUUUAUCGCACUGCUCAAGCCAUACGCAGCACGGGCUCUGGUGUAAUGGAUCAGGUGCUGGUGGCCAUGGGCGCUGCCGAUGGGUACGUGGAGUUUUUGCCCCAUUGCUGGGAUAUAGCAGCGGGCACGUUGCUCGUGCGUGAAGCAGGCGGCGUAGUCAUGGAUCCAGCUGGAGGCGAGGUCGAUAUUAUGUCCAGGCGUGUCCUGGCCGCAGCAACGCCCCAGCUGGGCUGCCGAAUGGUCCAGGUGCUAGCUGCCAAUCAGAUAUAUCAUAAACGAGAUGAUGAGCUUUAGAUGGCAUGGGGCCAAAU